AAAUUUUAUUGGAUAUUCAUAGUAUGAUUAGUUCAGAAACAAAUUACAUGCAGUCUUAUGUAAAUGUUUUGCUUUACAUUGUGUGAUUGAUUUAGGAUGCUAUUGGUAACAAAUCUGCAUGUUAUGAUUUCCUUGACAUUCAGAAAAGUAUUCAUUCCUCAUCAUUUUGUUCAUACUAGUAGAGCUUGCUGCAGGAUGCUUCAUUUUCUUCGACCAUAGCUGGAAAGAUGUAAUUCCAGUUGAUAAAACUGGUAACUUCGACAUGAUCUACAGUUUCCUGAAAGAAAAUUGGAGAACCGCAAAAUGGGUCGCACUUGGAGCUGUUGUGUUUGAGGCACUGUUGUUCACUGUAGCCCUCAUAGUGCAGUCAGGCAAUCAAGAUGAUUAUGACAGUGAUGAUGAGUACAUUGGCCCGAGGUCCGGAGUCCGUCAGCCAUUGGUGAAUAAGCAAACUGCUACCGAUCCCAGGGUGCCCAAUCUUGACUACCGUCCAAUCAGGAACGAUGCAUGGAGCCAAAGAAUGAGAGACAAGUAUGGGGUGGAUUCCUUUGAUCCAAACAGGUUUCAACAGGCCACGAUAUCUCCCGCAGAACAAAGAAGCAGAUGCACAAUCCUCUGAUGCUUGGUCGAUGCAAUUCAGUACUGGUCUCCGAAUUUACAGCCAGCUGUGCAAUAACAUCGACUUGCAUGUAGCAUGUGGCUGGGUGAUCUGUUGUUUCCAAGUCGUGUUGGAUGUGGCGAGCCCUUGCAUUCGCCAGUCCUAGUUCCUUCAUUUACAUAGUCAGAAAUCUCCGCAUCCUUCAGUCUUUGCAAUAAUUGAACUUAAUUUUGGCCAUACAGGACAUUCUAUUGUGUACAUGUUCCCAUGGAACCUUGUAUAGAACUUCAAUCUGUGAACCGAUUUGCAUUGUGCACUGAAGCGUGUUUGAGCUCUGUGGGUUUA